CCACACACUGCAUCCAGCAUUAUAUGUGAAAAGAAGGAGGCUGUAAAAGAGAAACUAAGCUCCAUUUUUAUCCAUUUUUAUCCAUUUUUAUCCAUGCUGGUUAGAGCCCUGUCACAGGACCCGCAACUCCGGCGUGGAGCGAAUAUGAACAAGAAAAAAGAAAAUAUACAUCAAACAGUGAUAUAUGAAACUUUGGUAACAGAAGCACAUAUCGACUUCAGACUAUGAUGUGGCGCCUACUGGUAAUAUGUCUACUCAGUGGACAAGCCCUAUGUUGUAUACAAUGUGACAGAAGGGGCAGAGAUGCCAUAGAUGAUUUCAUGAACUUUAUCCAUGACAAAGUGCUGGACGUGGAAACACAGGAAUACAACACCUUAAGACAUCAUGCAAAUGCAGCACAAAAAGUCAUAAUGGAUUACCUGGAGGAUGAGGUCAAGAUAUUGGAUAAACAGGCUAUAUCUGAGAUAGCAGAUGAAUAUAAAAUAGCUGUGGGUAUAAUCGAGAAAUUAAAAGAUACAGAUGUCCAGCUUCUUCACACCAUUCAAGAUCAAUUCCAAAAGCUAAAGGACAAGAUCAAGCAUAUUGUCAAGGACGCAGAGAGAAGGAGAUGCCCAAACAAACUAGAUAUAGACAAUUGUGGUUUAAUGGUGCAGACAUACAUCCAAUGUAUGAGCUGUGAGGAAGAGAAGAUCAUCUGCGCCGGGGGCCAUCCAGAAAAUCAAGAAUCCUUUGACAAAUGUAGUUGUGUAUGCACCCAGAAAAGAUGUUUUGAUUUAAAGACCGGAUUUGAGUGCUCUCCCUGUAAAGAUCCCCCAUCACAUCUCACAAAUACUAUAGACUGUGGAGAGAGACAUUUGUCAGUUAUAGAGGAAGAAGAUGUAGUCCUUGAGUGCAAUUUUGAUUGGUUCGCCAGACUGGAGGAGGGCCAUAAAACCAUGUUUGAUAUGCCGAGGCGACCUGCACCUUUAAUAACAGAUGAACCCUUCAUGCGGCUGAACGAAAUUCAGAUGUAUGAAUCUGGCACAUACAUUUGUACCACCUAUCUAUACUCUGGGGUACCAGUUGCCAAGGUUAUCUAUAAUGUGAAAGUUGUCAGUGGAUCAAAAAGAGGGACACACGAAAACCACCAACCUCUUCCUCCACUUCCAGAUGAUCUUGAACUCUCAAUGCUUGAGGAGCCACUUAAUGUGGGUCCAAAAGUAAAAAAUAAACCUACAUAGCAAUAUCUGUGGCUGGCGCCAUCACAUUGAUCGCUGGCAUAUGCAUUUGUAUACUGUGAUACAGAAAAUAAAAUCAGAAAAACAUCAGGAAAGAGAGUCUGUAUAAUGGAGCAAAUGAAAAAGAAACAAAAUAACUAACAUUAUUUUCCCUAUCCCUACUUUCCCCCAAGAAGACAAUAUAAAUAUCUGUCCAUUCUUCCCUAAUAAUCCGCCCCCCCCCCCAGAAAAAAUAAAAUAAAAAAUAGA